AAUAUACCCAUCCAUACGGUAUUUAUUUUUCUAUCGCGUUAUAAUUACCACUAAUUGACUAUAAAAUAAAAGUCGAAACGGUAAUAAUCAUUAAACGAAGUUAAUUCCACGUUAUACUCUUAGACCGACGCGAACCUCGUUGAUAUCUCGAAAUCUGACAGAGGUAAUUAAACGAGGAGCGUGUCGAAGAGCCGUCUACACUCGAAAAAAUCAUUCACACCGUACUCUUGGACGGAUCACGGCUCUAUCCAGACGUCGUACCGAACACUUUUUCACCGAGUCACUUAUUUCUCAAGUGUAAAUCGUGUCAGGUCUUCGGACGCGCGCACCGAGCAUAAUACGUGUGUUCUAGAGCGCGUAGGAGUUUUUUUUCCCUCCACGGGUAAACUAUUGACUUAAUUGUCUCGCUAAGCGUCUAGCCAACAAAGCCAAGACCGCCGACUGCAGGCGAGAUCGAUCCGUAAAUUAUACCGAGAUCGAGAUAACCGGACGAUUAUCUCCGGCGAAAAGAUCAAUCGGAGUUUCGAUCGCCCGGGCGUCGAUCGUUUCUGCUGUAUUUUACUUUUAUCGUUAGACGAAAUGUUAGUCGCUCGUUCUCUGGCUCCUGGCUGCUAACGAAACAUCGUGAACGAAAGUAUCGUCAGUUGCGAUCCGCAGGCGCAAAUUCGCGAUCUAACGGGUGUCGUUUGGUAAGGAAUCGAUUUUUUAUCCUACUCGCGUUAUUAGCCGGCGACGAUACGUAUUUUCGUGCUUUCGGUUUGAAAACUCAUGUAGAAGGGCGUGCAGGGAAUUUGUCUACGUGAAAACGUCUCGUUCAGGAUCUGAAGACAAAAUUUUCCCGACGACGCGAUGGUCGCGUGCCACAAAUGAAAGUAUCCUGGGCAAGACGCGCGAAGUAUAGUAUAAUAUUUAGAACAAUAUUUUUCACUUGGUCACCGAAGUGUAUAAAGAAAAUCGUACGCAUCCUAUGUGGCUCAGUUCUAGUAAGAAAGUUCAUCCAACAACAUCCUCAUAGGUUUAAACAAAAAAUAGUUAAUAUAAAUGUGUGGAUUUGAUGUAAUCGUGUAACUGAUUUUAAGCGGUGAUUUUGUUUUUUUUUUGACAAUGCGGCUGUGGGCAAUGUUCUUCUGUCACAUUGUCUUCUUGCUACUGUCCUGGGGAUGCAGCGUGGUCAGAGGAACUUCGGAAUCGAUCGACGAAGUAUCAGAUCAAGUGGCUACCGCGACGAUCGUUAGACAAGAGAACGCAAGCGCGAACCAGUCGGCAUUGGAGAGACCGUUUCGGGAUCUGGAAAUAACGACGAUUCGUUACGAAAAUUCAAAUGGAUUCGUACCGAUAACGCCGGCGAUUCAAUCAUCGACGACGUACGAGAGUAAAAAUUUUUCAGAGAACAGUCCGGACGAAAAUUUCAACGGUGAAAAUCAUCUGUCACUUUUCAUAAGGAACCCGGAGUACUACUCCGAGGGCGAAAAAUCGCUGGAAGACGAUCCGUUCUACUCGACGGAAGCGAGGAUAUUCUUAAGUUUGACGCAUCCACUUCAGAAUCGGAGAUCCUCGGAUUUCGAGGAUUCGAGUGAUGAUUUCGAGUUACUGAAGAUCAACGAUCACACGCCGAGCGUUGCUAAUUAUGACAAUUUCUACGAUAGUUUGGCUAGAACGAACCAAAAUGCCCGUAAAAAACAUCAAGAGCAGGAAAUCGCUCAAUCUCAGUUCUACGAGGACCGUCGGAAUCUCCAGAGAGAAAAUGAUUAUUUCGAUGACAGGGGUCGCGGUAAGAAAGAAGAUCAUUCGGGGAAUUACGAGGGUAACGUCGCCGCUCCAAAACAAAGACAAGUCGGUUCCAAUGACAAUCGGUAUUUUUCGUACAGUCAAAUACACGUGGAUGAUAAUAAAAAUGGGUACAAGGAAUCGAGCAACGCGAAAAACGAUUAUCCCAGUGCAGAUAAUUAUAACUACAACUCUCAGAGGGAAGGUAGGACUUUUCAAAACUUUCGUGCAUCGCCGCAGAUAAAUUACAAUCCACACGAAGUCGUCAACAACUAUCAAUUCGAACAACAACAGACACAGAGGGUAACCCCGAAAUCGGAAAAUAAUUACCAACAGAGGCCAAGAUCUUCGCAGAACACGCAAAGGACCAGAUCAAGCUCGAAACAGCAUCACGCCGCACCUAAAACCAAAUCGGUCGCGAUAGCGAAUUCGAAUUUCGAACACAUCGCACCGCAAACUAAAACUUUCAAUCCUCCAAAUACGUCUGGGGAAGACCCGCCGAAUUACUUCGAGCACGAGGCUCUGUUCGGUAGGGAAGGAAACAAUCGAAAUUAUGAAAAAAUUGAAGACACCAGAGAAGCUUCUGACGAGAAUUACGAGUACAUCGAGAUCACGGAAAAACCGAAGCGGUUUCGCAAGCAGAGAAAACGACCCAGCGAGUCUCGUGACUCGAAACGUCUGCCGAAAGAGCAUAGAGAUUUCGAAGAAUCCAUGGACGUCGAAGACAACGCAAAGACAAGGACUCGAUUCAGGCCCAGGAUACGCUCGCAAAAGUCAAAGUCUAACUCCUGGGUCGAGAAUGACAACCCUUCGUACGAAGACGGCUCCGACGAAGGGAGCUACGAUACAGCGGUCGACGGCACGGUCAACUCCGAGACGAGGAAACAAAAGUAUUACAAGCAGCAUCACAAGGCUACCGGGAACAGCUGGACCAACGUCGGUCCAAAUUUGGAGGUCUCGCACUCUAGCGGGAUAGAAAUCGACCACGUUGGUAAACCGAAAUUGGUCGUACCGGUAAAAGUCAAUAUCGUUCCGGUGGAAAAUUUUGAUCACGCCACCGCACUUGGUACCAGUCAAGGUUUCGAUUUGUCGAACGCCGUGUUACAGAAUUUCGUUACAGCAACACCGAUUGCCUUCAACAACGGUCCCUCGAUUUCUCCGAUUCUCAAUUCGCAUCAGAGCAUUCUUGCCAAAACUUUGCAAAAUUUACAGAAUCAUAAUCUCAAGGUACAAUCGUCGGUACCAGAGGUCGUCGUAGGCCAAAAUACCUUCCAGAAUCCAAUUCAAACAAUUUUAAUACCCCAACAAAAUUAUCAACCUCAGUACAAACUCGGACAGAAUGUGAGGAACCUAUUUUUACCCAACCAUCAAAAUUCGUACGUACAAAAUCCGAUUGCGAAUACAAAUUUGCAAACAUCCAACUAUCACGUGGUCCAACCGAACGUGCAACCGCAAAAUAUUCAAAACGCUCCCCCCGUCCAGACUCCUAUUUACAAUAUAAAUCAAAAUCCGGUACAGAAUUUCCAAAAUCAAAAUCCAAAUCAAAAUUUCCAAAGUAAUUCGCAAUUCAAUAAUCCCCAUCCGACUCCACAGACCUUUGCGAAUCUACAACAAAAUGGAGGACAGCCGACGAACAAUUACAAUGUGCAAGUCAACCCGCACGGAUUGCAGGGUCAAAAUUCAAUUCCUAGUCAAAAUGUGUACGUACCUCAAAACCAUGCACCGUCAUUCCCCACGACGCCGAUGCCGAAUUAUCUCAAUAACGGGAAUCAACUGGAUAACGCAGAUAACAGCGGGAAGAAGAACUUGGUUUCCGGAUCGAAUGGUCAGUUUCUUGCCUCCGCGAGUUUCACCGUCGGCCAGCAGCUGCAGAAUCAAAUAAAUGCCCCGAAUCUGAGACCCCUCCAGUUCCCCGACAGCGUACACCAAGCGCACCGACAAGAUAACUUCCUACCGAAAACGAAAGGAUUCACUCAAAACGGAGAUCAGCCUCAGAUUGUUCCGAAUUUCAACAAUCAUAACGUGCAAGGGCCGCAAAUAAUGAACAGGGAUAAUCACGGGGAACAAUAUUCUCAAGCGUCUGGCGCGAUCGCUCAAACGUACAAGGAUCAAAAUCAGCAGAUAUUAAAAGUGGCGAACGAAAUUUUCGAGAGCACUUUGAAACAGUUGAAGCAACUCCAAAGAGCCCAGAACCUCAGAGCGAAUCGAUUGGCGAAUCAAAAUUUGCAAAACUCGGAAGCCGGCAACACCGGCACUAAAAACGUGGAGAUCGUCAAUCCGAAUUUGAGUCCGAGUCCCCUCGAUCAAUUACCCAAAAAUCCUUUCGGGAACACGUACAAUUUCGGCGGAUUCGGUCUGACCACUGCGUUUCCGAUUUUCGCUACAACCUCAGGGUUUGACCCGACGAACAGGACUCCCACCCUGCCCGCCAGCGGCCCUCUCUCGAUUCACGGUUACGUGGAUUCUUUGACGGAAAUCGGAGCGAAGGACAACGACCUGAGGACCUCGCCGACAACAAAUCUGAAGCCAAAUCCUGCGGAGAGUCACCUUCAACCUCUGUACAAUCCGAUAAACUUUGUGCCGAGUCUGGAAACUUUGAAAAUCCAGAAGACGUUGAACAGCAGAUACAACGUCCACGAACCUGUACUACAAGGAUUGAAUCUGGUGCCGAUCAUUCCGGGAGGUACUUUGUUCAAGAACCCUCACUCGAAUCAGGAGGAUUCAGCGGUGAAGCCGAAAUUGAGCUCGGAUCUUCAAAAGUAUGCCGAGGAAAUGUUUAAGGAGUCCUUGAAAACCAUAUACAACACGCACAAGUGGAACAACGACCACAAGGCUCAGGGUUCGGAAAUAUCCAGCGUCACGAGCCCUCCCAAGGUCAAGGACGAGCUGCACAAUCUGAAGUUCUCGUCUCCAGAUGUUAAACCUAGCAAACAAAUUCUGGAAGCUCACUUCACCGAGAAGGGUCCGAAGGACGCGGAAGGAUCGCUCAAACAACCUUCAUCCCCGUCCGCGGAACUGGCCGAUAUCUUUAAACCAGAUCCGAAGCCACCAUCUCCGAUUUCCUUGGAGCCGGUAAGAUUUUACUACAAACCCCAAAUCCAUGUCAACAGACCCGCGAUCUCCGACAUGGCUCAUCCGGAGGUUAAAUUCAAGCCGGAACUCGCCGGUGUGGAUUAUAUCCAUGAUUUUUUGACACCCCCGAAGCCAAACGCUUUCGUUUCAAAAAGCCCGUUCAACGACCCAAUGAUUCCGCAUGGGAAGAGGAGACCGAGGCCGAAGAGACCGAAUUUCGAAGGCGGCGGUUUCAAAUACCAUGGUAAGUUCGAAAGCGGUCCCUCCAAACAUCCCACGGGGGUCGUAGAACCUGCGGCUAGCAACAUCGCUCACCAAACGUUUUCCUUCGAUAUGCCUGGCUUCGAAUUUCCCGAAAACAAACCCAACUACGAUCACGAGAGUAUGGACUUUGAAUCCGACUCCUAUCUCGGGAUGCGGGAACACAACGCUUAUUCCAGGUAUCCGAGCCUUACGACCGCCGUUCCAGUUCCGGAAGACUAUCACAAGUCGAAAUUCAAGAAUCUUGAUUUCAAUCACCCAAGGAUGCAUAAUCUGAUGGGACUGUUGCGUAAAAAUAAACGUCUUCCAGCUGGUAAUACGCAAAUUCAAUUCGGGAAUAAAAAAGGUACCGCGGGGCUGCAGUCGGCGGACAGUAACGAACGCGACGACCAGAUCACUCAUUACGUUGACGAGAACCCGAAAAGCAUCAGGGAGAAAUCGGAUAUCGGAAGUUUCGAGACUGGCGCGAAUUCGACACAAAUCGAUAAAAGUCAUGCUUAAAUAAUAAUUAUUUUACGGUACAACGAGUACACGUCAUACAUCAUAUGUAAUACACGCCUUUCAUGGAGAUUGCAAAUAUGACAUCAUUUUUUGCUUGCGAAUAAUUAUAAAAUUACUUGUUAAAAACUAACCGAUCCAAGGUGAACGUUGGAAAAUUGCACCUAGAAUCGUUCGAGCAAAUAUUUGACAAAUGCUGUUUCGCAAGUACAGAUCAAAUAUACCGAUCUAUUCGAAGUUCUCGUCAGUUAAACUUGCGUGCAAUUACCUGUUUCUUAUUUUUUUUUUUUUCUGUCUCACGGCUUAUUUAUUACUUUCUCGAGCACUUCGGAGACCAGGUUACUAAAAUUAUUUUAUUAAAAUAUUAGGUAGUUGUUGAAAAUUUAUAUGUAAAAAAUGGAGGCUUCUAAUUUCAUGAAGUUUUAUCGAUGAAUAUAUAUGUAUGUAUAUUUCUACUCCCCGUUAACGUAACAAUCAAAAUAUAUAUGUACAGGUUUAAGAUCGAAUUAAGACAUCCUUGUGGAUCAUUUGACUGAAAUUUGUUGAAACUUAUAACUAUAUAUUAUAUGCGUUGUACAUAAAUACAAAAGAAAAAAAUAUAAGUGCAAAUAAAAUGAACGAUAAAAUUCGCUUGUCGUUGAAUUCCUAUAGAGAUCACGUCGUACCCUGACUGAUGAGAUGAAACCGUUCUCUCGCAGCAAGAAUUACAAAGUGAGGAAAUCUGGAUAUACUAAUCAGGCGUAACUGGUAUUUUGUUGUAAAUCUAGCAAAAAGAAGAAUCUCACUUAUCACUCGCUCGCUCUUUCUUCUCCCAACUUGUUAGAUACUGG